UGUCUGAAUAUUUGUGCAGAGGCUGCAAUCCAGAUCUAAUUUUGUCUAGUUCGGUUCUUGCCAGAGCAAAUAGGAGGUAACGUGAAUGUCAGUGAAUGUGUUUGUGCUGUGAUUUAAGAGGCACAGCUGUCCACUGAGAGAUGACACACCAUCACACUCACAAAUGCAACUGGGGACAGGGAGAGCGAGGGAGCGACAGAGAGAAAGACACAGGAGAGAGACAGAAGUGUUGAUUUGGUUUGAAGACAGGAAACUCAACGUGAACGAGCAAGAGGAAAUGUAGAAGAUUAGGAUGCAGAAAAUUACAGACAGAGGCAGAAAAAGAGGUUGAGAGAUGAUAGGAGAGCAACAGGGAGAGAGAGAUAAAGAGCUAGAGAGGAGAGAGAGAGAGCGCAACCAGGGAGAGAGAGGCAGAGCUGUAACUCCAGUGAUUCCCCGACUGGCUGCCACUGAGCUCUGUGCUCUAAUUCACCCGAUCUGAUGGGGUUUCAUGCCCCUGCUGCCAGUGCUGGGGUUUAAGAGCAACACGGGUUUCUGCUGCUGAUCUUACAUCUCUCCUCACCUGCUGACCAUAUCAGCCUACACAGAUGAUUACCAGGACGAGCUCAUCUCAGCCUUACUGACGGUAAUGGAUCUUCAGCUGAAACACCAGUAAAUGCAAGUGGCCCAAAGACGACUGGCAGAAAUGAGAGCGAUACUGGUGUGUGCUGUCCUCUCACUCCUGUCUCUGUCACACGCCUGUCCGAAGGAGUGUAGCUGCAACAGCAACACCAAAGCAGUAGACUGCCGGGGUCGAGGACUGUACGACAUCCCGCGACGGCUGCAUCCAGACACCCAGGAAUUAUACCUUCAAGAUAACCGCAUCAGGGGGCUUGGAUCAAUGGCUUUCAGGGAAAUACCCCUCGUUCGCAUUCUCGAUAUAUCGAAUAACUCGAUAACAACAAUUUCGCCAACUGCUCUGCUUGGGCUGAGGAUGCUGCAGCGACUCAGCCUGGCUCACAACAACCUGAGGGAGCUCGACAAGCGGUUGCUCGGACCUAUCCGCUCACUUUCACACCUUGACCUCUCACACAACAGCCUGUGGGGUUUGCCUGGAGCCAUGGGGGACAGUUUGAGGAACCUCAGCCACCUGGGGCUAGCACACAACAGGCUGACACGAUUAGAUCGUUCCCUGUUGGAGGCCCUGACACACCUGGACAGCCUUGCACUACGCAGCAACCCCUGGAGGUGUGACUGCCAACUUAUAGGCCUCAAACUCUGGCUGGAGACCUACCUCUUUAAAGGUGGAGCGGUGGAUGAAGUGCUUUGCUCCCAACCAGAAGAAAUGAAGGACAGAGACCUGCAGAAGAUCCCUUACCAGCUCUUCCACGUCUGCAUGACUACGAGCUACCAUUACCUAUUUGCCAACAUACACCACCUUGAGUCUGAGAGACUACUACAAAGCCACACCCAUGGCAACCACGCUCAUCCCUCCAGCCACGCUCUCCACGUCCCCAUGGCGAUGGGGGAGGGAUUUGGUGGCGGAGGCGGAGGUGGCAUGGCAGAGUGCGAAACCAAGCAGAAGCCACGGCCCGUCAACCUGCGGCACGCUAUCGCCACGGUGAUCAUCACCGGGGUAGUGUGUGGGAUCGUGUGUCUGAUGAUGCUGGCCGCCGCGGUGUACGGAUGCGCCUACGCCGCUAUCAUGGCCAAAUAUCAGCGGGAGUUAAAGAAGAAUGAGGAACUCGCGGCAGCGCAGGGUGCAGAUCACGCCACGGCAGAUGAGAAGGAACCACUGGAGAACGCCAUCGCCUAGGAGACGACAACUACCCCGAGACUUAAAACCUGGGCCUCGACCCUUUAACCUAAUUGUCUGCGGAUGUGCCACGCGUGUGCUUGUGCAUGUGUGUCUGAGCAAAAACAACAAACGAAGAGCGCGAGAUUAUUUAUUUGCGAGUAUGUUGACCUCCUCUCUGAGACUCGGGUAGCUAAACUCCACAGGUAUCUAUGCACUGAGCAGUUUCUACUGUAUGCGGGUUUGAAGGACAGGCCAAAGAAUCCAACAUUCGUUUGUCUAAGAAAAGCAUAUCACUGAUAGUACAGAUAUAUUUAUAACUGUGUACUUGUAGGUAUCAUAGUGAAGCUCUUGUAUUUAAAAUGGACUUUAGAGUUUGGUUGUCGUUUGGUUGUUAUUCGUAAUUUUGAUAACUCAUAGUAGGCAGCUGCUGUCAGUCGCAUCAUUGAUGUGAGUGUAUGUGAGUGUAUGUGUUUCUAUCUGAGCGUGUGAAUGCGUGCUGUGCUGUACGCACAUAUUACAGAUGCGUCUGUGCCUAAUAAUGUGACAUUUGAGGAGGAAGCUGUUUUCUUCAUUUAUUUUUCCGUUUGUUAAAAAUGAGAAAUUCGCUGAAGCAAUAAUGAAACAAACGAAAACAACAACUCGGAUUCAGCCUUGUUGUUUUUCUCUUCACUUUAUGAGUCUGAGUUAUCGUCACGCUGCACACAAUCACACACACAAUCACACACACACACAAGUUUUAGAACUACAGGUUUUGAGAACAGUCGUGUUUGUGAUUUUAUGCUGAUUUCAUAAUGGUAGUCAUGUCCUACAAUAUGUAUUAUAUAUAAUAAAGGGAAGCGUUUCACCUGAUCAGUAUACUGCAGUUAAUUUGAUAAGGUAUCCUGUCCUUAAAUAUUGUUUAAGGAGGGGAAAUUUGGGGAAAUUUGGGGAAAUUUGGGGAAAUUUGCUGGAGACAAAUCAACUCAUGAAAUAUUACUUGUACAUAUAAAAACAUUAUUUUAAUGUCUAAAUUAGAAGAAAACUAACACAACUCAAUGCACUGUUCUGUAACACACAGAGUAAGACCCUCAGGCCACAGUCAGUAGUUACAGUUACAGUGAAACGAGGGUUAUCUGUGUGGAUGUUUGUGCCCGUCAGCUCAAUGAUCCGCUGAAACGAUGGCACAUCUAUAACAAUUUGUGACUUCUGAGGGAAACAUCGGGAGAUUUGACAUUAUAUUUUUUGCACCUUUUAUUUUAUUACAAGCAAAAUGUCUCGAGAAGAAACAGAAUUAUUUUAGAUCACACUGAACAUAUAUUUUUCUUGUGUCUACUGUUAUUAUCGAUUUUUGGAAAGAUUCGAUUACUUAGCGCAGCGACAGAUGAACGUGCAGAAAUGCUUUUGGUUGAAAUGCCGUGACUUUUAUGGUUUUGUGUAUAUCAGGAUUGGAGACUCGCUGCACGUGUGUUGGGAUGUGACCACAAACUCUGAUCCACACACAAGCGCACUGGAAUACAAAUGCGUGCCUCUGUAUGCACAUAUUAAAAUUGUGACUCAG